AUGAGCGAGACGACCGCGAUGGACACGCGCGAGUACAAGAUCGCGAUCCCCGAUAAGAACGCGGAGGAGGACAGCAGAGCGGACUCCCCCGAGCAAUCCGGGGUGUGCACGCCGAAGAACGAGCACUCGAGCGGGUUCAAGCGCCUCCGGAGCUGGGAGCUCUCGUCCCUGGAGGGGGUGGAGCGAGCGGACUGGCAGGGCGCGGACGACGAAGCGCCGGGGACGUCCACCGCGUCCACGAUCGCGAGCGACGCGGAGGUGAAGGACCUUCAGGACCGCACGGUCAACGCGUGCGUGCAGCUCGCGGAAAUCAUCGUCUCGCUGAGACGCGAGAGGGAAUGGACGGACGAAAAGAGCGCAAAGACGAAGAAGAAGCACGAGCUCAGGCUCAGGCUGCGCGCGAUCGAACGGCGGAUCACGAUGCUCAAACCCACGGCGAAGCUCGAGUCGCUUCGUAAAUACGUCGAAUACGCGCUCGAGAAGGCGCAGCCCGCGGCGCAGCUCACCGAUCUCCUGGACGACGAGCUGCAGCUGAUAUUAUCGAAAGUCAACGCGACGAACGGGUCGUCGCCCAAGCAACUGCUCGCGUUGUCCACGGUGUCGAAACGGUUCGCGAAGCUCGUGAGGCAGCCCGCGGUGUGGCGAGACCUGGACGUGUCUUCGCACGCGUCCUUCUUGACCGACCGGGUUUUAAACUCGAUCGUUCGAGACGACGGCGCGUUUGGGAUGCUGCGCUCCGUGUCGUUGGCCGGGUGCACGAGGGUCACCGAGACGGCGAUCGUCAAGCUCCUGAACGCGUGCGGAAAUUCCUUGGAGCGUCUAGACCUCUCCGGGUGCACGCUCGUGAAGACGUCCACGAUCGAGCACGCGGCGCGGACGUGCACGAACCUGACGCUGCUGGACCUCACCGGGUGCGCGCACGUGGACACUCUCGACGCGUUGAAGAUGACGGAUACGUUUUGGCCAAAGUUGGAGGAGGUGCGUCUCGUGGGCACGUCGCGGCUCUCCGGGCGGGUGUGCCAGACCGAAUUCGACGCGCUGGCGGACGAGAUCGCGUCGCGAUGGAAUCGGUGGAGAGAAGCGAGAAGGGAGGGGCGAAGGCAGGCGCUGCUCGCCGCGGAGAUGGAGGCGGACGCGCUGAAGGUGAAGCUGGCGACAGGGCGGGAGCCCGCUGGCCUCGCCGAGCUCUUGUCCGCCGAGGACGAGAGGAGGAGAGCCUUGGAGGACCUGGAAUCCGACGACGCGGUGGCUUUGGAGGAGGAGCUGCACAUAGACCACGCGGAGUGCGACUGCGGCCCCGCGGUGAGCCUCGAGGCGAUGCCCGCUCUCGUGCGCAAGUGCCGCCGGUGGGUCGAGGCGUGGCAAGAAGGUCACCCGGUGAGCGCGUGCGAUCACGCGCUCGUGAUGCAGGGCGCGAUGGGCGAACAAGCCGGGUUAGCGACCCUGAACCUGUUUCCAAACUGCGGUCACGUCAUGUGCGAGGUUUGCGAGCAGAAGGAGCGCGUGAACAUGCAGAGAAGGCCCGUGGAGGGCGGCGAGUUCGAGUACGUGUACCCGUGCCGGCUGUGCAAUCAGGACAUGCCGAACCCCGGGGGGUUCGAGAUCACGCUCACGCAGUGA